ACACACACAAAAAAAAAAGCAGAUUUCCAGUGAACAAAAUGUUUGAAUCUUUUCUUGAGACGUCUAGCAAUCAUUAAGAUCCUUAAAUCAAAUUGCCAAAAUACAUUUUAAGGACUGGAAACAUAGCUUUGUAUUCAUACAAAAGAACGACUCAUCAUGGCUCCAUGCAGAAAUUGUCGCGACGAGGUUCAAACAAGCAAACUGCUGUUGGUAGUGUUCCUAUAUUCAGUGUAAUUCACUUAGCUUUGUCAGUAAUCUUUAAAGAAUCACUGCAGCCAGUAGACAGACAGUCGGGUUGUCAGCUUUGUCCACUUAGACAGUUCAUAAAACCCACAUUUAAGCCAUUUUUUUGACCUCUACAGCCUGUUCAAACCCUGCCUACCUGUGUGUGGACUGCAGGAGGAGACAGAGCACUGCAGAGGGCCACAAGCUGAGAAUAAACCGCCACCAUUCUGCCUUUAAAGAUAAUGUAUGACAAGUAAAUGUCCUCAUUAUUGUCACUGCAUCCAGUGUAAUCAGCUUGAGCGUCGACAUAAAUGCUAGUGUCAGUGUAAUCUGGUCUGUAGUGCGACAGUGCGUGUGCAUUUUAUCAGCGGGCGUUAUAAAUAACCAGUGCAGUCAACGCUCAUGCAUUAGCAGUCUGUGUAUGUGGUCCAAUCCAAUGUACACUCACAUCUUAGAAGCUGUUAAAUAGUGCCAUGAGAGAUUUACAACUUCAAUAUACUGACAUUUCUUUAUCUGUUUUGAAUAGGAGUCCUUCAAUGCUCUUCUUGUAAAUCAACGAUGAGAUAACAGUUUUAAUUUCUAAAGUGGUCCGGCUGAGAAAAUGAUUGUGUCCGUCAAGGCGAGGAAUGAACCGACUCAGUCAAACUGGAGAUAUUAGCUCCAGUGGGAAAAAGUAGGACAGAGCGGUCUAUGCUGGGAAAAGUGGUUUAGAAAAGGUAAUGAGUGGAAAUGAUCAAAUGAGGCACAGCGGAGCAGAGCUGCAUCACACGGCAAGACAUGUAGGAAAACUGGGCAGAAUUGGAGAAAGUAGCACAGAGUGACAUAGUAAGUCAGCUGAGGACAAGGAUCAGAGGAACAUGGGUUGUCUCUCCUCGUGUUCACAGCGGACCUUGAUUUAAAUGUCCAUACAAUUAAGGCACGCGGUGAAUGCCAAGAGAGAGACCGAAUAUCAACCAUCACAAACGAUAGAUUAACAUCUUAUUUACACUUGAGUUUCCCAGUCAUGUAAAAAAAUAAUCAACAAAAAACUGAAGGUCCUCAUCUUUCAGUUAAAAUGCUGUCUUAAAUAUACGCAGCUGACUGUAGUGGAGGAAGAGGCAGUACCACUACUGACCACUAGAUGGUGGACUUAUGGUCGCUUUUAUAAAGCUCCUUUGUUAAAAUAAAAUUUUUUAGGCCUUGGCAGUAAAUUAAUAAUAUUUUUAACAUGUUUCUUGGCCACUUUAGGAAUUACAAUACAUAAAUGCAUAUUACAAAUACAUUCUGAGGUAUUUUUGUGGCAAGAUUAUCACAGUUAGCUGCGGUGUUUUCUGAGGCAGAACUCAUAGAAACCAAUACUAGGUAGCUGAUUGGGAUGCAUAACUGUAUUUUAUUUAGAAAGUGCCCUCUAGUGGUGGACGUAACUAUGGUGGGAUUAAAGAAAGAAAUUGUUGUCAUAGCCAGUUGGGAGGGGGUCGGGGUGGAUGGUUGGGUCUAAGAAACCAUUGUGAGUUCCCCUUUUAAACACCAAAAGUCAAUUAAUCUUUUAAAGAUUGUUUUUUUUAGCCUUAACCAUGUGUUUCUUUCUCUCUCUCUCUCUCUCUCUUUUUUUUUUUUACCAUGACAACAAAGGGUUGCUAAUUCUGAAACUCUCCAACAAAUAAUCUCCAUGAUCGUUCAGGGUUGUUGUGUUUUCUACCCGUUUCGUCCUACCAGACAUCAUCUUUUUGCAUAAAAUCUGGGUAUUAUGGGUGCAGUCGAGUUCAAUAAGAGCAUAAGGGUAGAAAAUGAACAACAUACUAAGUAGAACUCUUUUUAAUCUUGAAGGGAAAUCAUUUUAAAAAAUCACAAAAGGAAACUAAAAAUUAACGUGAAGUAGCAAAAUUAACAAGCUAUUAACACACUUCUUCAUAACCUACUACAAUAGCAAUUAUACACCUGUUUAAAUUUGAAUUUUCUGCUUCCUAUGGUUAUUUUUUUUCUGGAAGUGAAUCGAAUGUCAGGUUGAUGACGUAAAAGUACUGAUGUCUGAUGUAUAGAAGAUGUACACAAAUGCACCCAGCUGUAAUUAUAGGGGGUUGUUUUAUUGCAUUUGUUGAUUUUUUUUCAGUGACAGUUAAUCAGCAUCACUGCAAAUGUGCUCUUUUCAUCUGAUGUAGUUAAUUACAUCUGGCCUGAUUAAUUAGCCAAUAAACACCAAUUAAACCAACAGAACAGACUUUUAUUAAUCACCAAACAACCGUUGCACCUCCAGACUUCUAAUUUCACAUAUUUGUUGCUUAUAAAGUUGAUUUCAAAAACAAGCGCUUGCUGCCAGCUGAAUGUCGGCACACUCGGCAGUGUUGUGGCAUCUGCUCACUUUUAGCUGCACUGCCUCUGGCCAAGUAACAUUUGCCAGAUCUGGCUAAGUUCUGGGUGUGUGUGUGUGGAUUUGGGCCAGUUUGGGCUGAAAAUGAACAAAUUUAGCUGCAUUCAAACCGACCACGGACCAUGUGUGGUGACCUGAAACUGGGCAUUAUACAGACCUGGUUCAGUUUCAUCACCAAGGAUGGAGCCAGUUUUUCUUUACUCAGGACGUUUGUGGGGCUUCGAUCAUACAGCACCUGGGCCGAGUUACUGCUGCUAUCCUGCCAGAUUUGGGCUUUGUGGGGCCAAAUCGUUUUGGCUACCUGUUUCACAUGUAAAGAAAUGAUAGAUGUUGGCAUCCACACAGCAGGGGGCGCUGCAGAUAGGAGUUAAUGCAGCGUAACUGACCGCCAAAUAUCAUUUAGUAAUCUAGAAUGUGGGCUCCAAAAAACAACAAUAAUCCAAAAAUAAUCACGAGGGCAAAUAAGAUGUGGCCGUUUUAUUCUUCCCCAAACUCCAAACUGGAAAUAAGUCGCUUUCAUGUACAAAACCCAAAACACAGAAGAGAAAAAAUGAGAAAUAUGGGAAGCUGCCAGUGAAAAAAACACCACGCAUACACACUCGUAAGGUCUCAUUUUGUGAAAACGAGCAGAAAAUAUUGCUUCAUUCACUUUGCUUCCAUUCUCCACCAUCGCUGCUGCUCUUUCUGCCGGUUGCAUCUCCGUUACAUCAGCCGCCCGAAUCAAAAGAAGUCCACUAUGAUCUUCAAGAAGGCCGGAUUCACAGGACUGUAUGACACACAGUCAGGUUUAGUUAGCGUCAUCACUGAGGGAUCUGGCCUCAGAUUCAUUUCUGAAGUGAGAUCAGAAGCUGCAAUUAGCUGAGACCAAAAUGAUGCGAGCAGCCGUAGCAAAUCCCACUAAUUAUUCACGCUUUAUGUUUGUUUGGAAUUAAAACCACACAUAAAAUGACAAAUAUGGACAAAAAAGAUAGAAAGGCAGAGUUACAUAAAAGUAACCACAUAUUUUAUCAAAUAUUUAAGUGAAUAUAUGAUAAAAAAAAUUUGCAUUAACGAAUGUACAGGAGGCCUUAAUCAUGCAUUAAUGUCUGUAACAUGUAAUAAGAAGGAAAUAAGUGAGGAUAAAUGGCUGCUGUUAAUAUCCUGUUGGCCUGUGUGGAUCCACAUCAGCAGCCUUCAGUAUUAUACAGUAUUGUGAUGCAACAAACUACACGAGGCUCAUUCAUUAUGGUUCUGACAUGGAGACAUAGCAAAACAAAUAAUAUACUAUAAAUGAGAAUAAAGAGGACAGUGAAGGAAGACAAGAUUGCUAACAAAACAAGGGAUAUUUUUAGCUUCAACGUGACAUUUUGGGAAUAUAAAUUCUUUUGAAGAGCUGACUCUAAUGUCAAGUCUUCCAUUAUUUGCAGGGUCCACGUGUCAGAUAAAUAAAUGUAAUAUGAGGUUAAACUGGACUGAACAGAGCAGGUGAGAGAUAAAGCCGGCAGCAGGAAAUCUCCUGAGUUAUCACUGACUAAUGCAUUUCCCCAAACACGGGCUUCCAUAUUGAUUGCGGAUGUAUAGGUCUGCUGGGAAAGGAGGCAGUAUAGACUGUAUACUGUAUAUGCACAGUAGAUGCACUCUGAGUGGAGUUCUCCAUCCAGAAAGUACAAAUAAGGCAUUUUUAAGUAGGUUCUUAACUCAGAUGGUAUGCAGGUAGCAGUUUUUGUUGAUUUUCUGAUACCAAUAUGUAUUAUUCUUGCUAUAAAUGUAGAAUAACUGGUUUGUCAGACCAGGUGUCCAAGCACUGCUGCUCAUGAAUCUAAGUAACAGGAUUUAUUAAGUUGAAACUGCAGAAUUGUACAUAAAUCAUAUUAAUAUCUAUAGUGUGCAUGUAUAUUUUCUCUAUGAACUCAGUUUUUUUCUCUUUUUUUUUUUAUCUUUGUGGGACUUAAAAAUGUAAACUAUGAUAUAAUGAAAUAAACAAAUCAACUAUUCUUUGCUUUUUGUCUUUAUUUUUUUUGUUUUAGACUUUGUUUUAUUUUUAAUGACUGUAUUCCACAGAUAUUGACUUAAUAAAUAAUAAUAAAAUAGUAAAAGUGAUGUGCAUAUAGCUGAGAAAUAACUUUCAGGACAGGACUUCCUCUAUAUAAUUUGUUACAAUACAAAAGAAGAACCAGUAAAAUCUGCCACAGGAUGCCAUAAAACAAACUUGCCAUUUUUUAUACUCACCCCUUCUCAAUUUAAGAGUUUCUUAGGAAUUAAAUCCAGUAUAUAAACACAAAAAGGUCUUUGGUCUCGGUUAUUUAUGAAGUUUAAACUUCAGAAGUGGACAUGAAUGAUAUCAGCACUUCUCUUCAGGGACGCGAAUGAACCUUCCUUUUUCUAUACAGACGCUUCAGAAAGUAUUCAUACCCUUGAAUGAUAAUUUUAUCCAUUUAACACAAUAACGUAUUCAAGGAGCUCUGAAUACUUUCUGAAUUUAUUGUGGACUCAUCAUGCAUAAGUCUGAAUUCAUCAGCUUUGAGUUGGUUUUGAGACUUUUUACAAUAAAAGCUAAUAAAGGAGGCUCAGAAAACCAGCACUACUUCAGUUUUUUUUAAAGAUUGUUCGUUCAGACAUUUUAGGCAUUUAUUUCAUAUAGAAAGUGGAGAGAAACAGACGAUAUGAGGAAGGACAUGAAGCAAACUCCAGGAGUAACUGGUGAUUUGUUGCUCAGAGCCUGACUUAAAUGAGCCUGACAAAUAAAACCUGAAGUGAAGUGUUUCCAAAUGAGCUGAAACUCACUAAAGACAUCUCUUGAGGAGGCAAGAUGGAAACAGGAAGUUAAUAUAAUAUCAGUUAUGAAUAAAUGCAUAAGCUGUUUACUAUGCAAGCUUCAUUAUGGCAGAAUCAUGAUGUUCUGGACGAGGUAACGUGCUAAAACUGUAUUCAUUUUUACGAUUAGUUACAUACACUACCGUAUAAAAGUUUGGGGUCACUUACAAAUGUCCUUAUUUUUGAAAGAAAAGAUUUUUUAAAGAUAACAUUAAAUGAAUCAAAAAUACAGUCUCGACAUUGUUAAUGUGGUAAAUGACUAUUUAGACUGUAAACGGCUGAUUUUUAAUGGAAUAUCUACCGUACAUAGGGGUACAGAGGAACAUUUCCACCAACCAUCACUCCUGUGUUCCAAUGCUACAUUGUGUUGGCAAAUAGUGCUGAAAGGCUAGUUGAUGAUUAGAAAACCCUUGUUGCAAUUAUGUUAGCACGUCAAUAAAAGUGUAAGCUUUCAUGGAAAACAUGAAAUUGCCUGGGUGACCCCAAACUUUUGAACAUUAAUGUAUGUAGCAACUGUGAUGUCACCCUAGAGAACUUUCACUAUCUUGGUUUUUGAAUCAACUACUAUUGUCCAUAUGAUAAGAACCUGUCAGUCACAAGGUAGCCUCAAUCUAGACCACACCCUGAUUCAUUGUAUAUUUCACUGUAAAUGAGACCAUAAUUUAUAGAAUGGGCAUUAUAAUGUAUUAAAGGAGACAUGUAGUUCACAAUUGAGACCAUAAACUCAUUCCAUAAACAUUUACUGAGUUAACAAAAUCAAGCAAGAAGUGGAACAUUUUCUCAUAGACUUCUAUACAAUUAGACGCUUUAAGCAACCAGAGGAGUCGCCCCCUUAUGGCUGUUCGGAAGAAUGCAGGCCCUUUAAAAUAGGCUUUAUUUUUCAGAACCAGAGAUGUCAUUCUUCUUUAAUAUGUAGAGUCUGUGGUUUGAUAUACUGACUGUACACAGGACUGUGGAGUGGUGUUUUGAGGCCAUCAUUGCAGCUGUAUUAAAAGAACUGGAUGUUGUAAUGCCUGUUGUAAUGUUCACUUGUAGGUCUUUUCCUACCCCUAAGCUGUCACACUCAUUUUGCUCUGUGCCUUUUAAUAACACCCCGUGGAAAUUUAAACGGAGAAGUUUGCAUUUGACAGGCUUUCCACAACUUUUUCUACAACUUUGUGCUCCCUGAACAGACUUUGGCAUGUCAUUUGUACUGGAGUUCACUUUGAAAACAUCAGAGCUGGAGCUGAUUGGACGACUUCCUGGAUGGUAUCAGUCAGCUGGUAUGAGUCAGUCUGCCCUCAGAAAAACUGGCAGGAACCAGUAGCACAGUGAAAUGAAACACGCCCCUGCUUCAUUCCAGCUGAGCAUUUAGAGGAAAACAACUGAGGAAACACCACCCAUUCUCUGACUCACUCAUGUUAUUAUUGUUCCCCUGGGAGGAGACGCACACACUGAACGACAGGCACCAGCCUCAAGAAAAGAGAACUGGGAUAUUAAUACUUCAAUCUCCAGUGAAUGUGAGUUUUCAGCUCAGCUCAAACUGUUUAAGUGAACUUUGGUGGGACGUUUGCUACAUCCUACCUGUUGUGUUUUGUGCUACAGAAAAUGGCUUCUGGAUCAGAGCUGAAUCUCUGCUGUCCGGUCUGCCACGACAUCUUUACAGAUCCUGUUCUUCUGCCAUGUAGCCAUAGCUUCUGUAAAGCCUGCCUUCGGAGGUGGUGGAGACUGAAACAAGCUCACACGUGCCCUGUUUGUAAGAGCACAUCUGGAAGGAAACACCCACCACGUAACUUGGCAUUAAAGAACCUGUGUGAGGCCUUUGUAUUGGAGAGAGAUCAGAAGGCGGAGACUUUCUGCCGUCUGCACUCGGAGAAACUCAAACUCUUCUGUCUGGACCAUCAGCAGCCAGUUUGUCUCAUCUGCAGAGAUUCAGAAAAACACUCCGAUCAUAAGUUCAGACCCAUCGAUGAAGCAGCACGGGAUCGCAGAGAAGAGCUCCAGAAUUCCCUAAAACCCCUAGAGGAGAAACUCAAGCUCUUUGAGCAAGUUAAAGGGAACUACGUCCAGACGGCAGCACACAUUAGAGUCCAGGCCCGGCAUGCAAAGAGGGAGAUUAAGAAGCAGUUUAAAAAGCUUUAUGAGUUUCUAGAAAUGGAAGAAGAGGAAAGGAUCGCUGCUGUAAGGGACGAGGAAAAGCAAAAACGCGAGGUGAUGGAGGAGAAGAUGGAGGCUCUGAGCAGACAGAUAGGAGCUCUGUCAGACACCAUCAGAGCCACAGAGGAGGAGCUGAGAGCCGAAGAUGUCUCCUUCCUCCACAACUACGAGGCUUCGGUGGAUCGAGUCCAGCGCUGCCCCCAACUGGAGGAUCCACAGCUGCUCUCAGGAGCUCUGAUAGACGAGGCUCAACAUCUGGGCAACCUGACCUUCAACAUCUUUAACAAGCUGAGUGAAGUGGGCUCUUACAGUCCUGUGAUCUUGGAUCCAAACACUGCUCAUCCAGGACUCGUCCUGUCUGAAGAUCUGAGCUGUGUCAAAUGGGGAGAGACGCCGAGGCUUCCAGACAACCCAGAGAGGUUUGACAGCUCCUGCAUCGUCCUCGGAUCUGAGGGCUUUAAAUCAGGGCUUCACAGCUGGGAGGUGGAGGUGGGAGACUGCUCACACUGGGUUCUAGGUGUAGCACCAGAGUCUGUGGAACGGAAAGGACAUUUAGACUCACGGUCUGGAUUGUGGACAAUCGGGUUACAUAGAGGCACAUACAAAGCUUUCUCCCCUAUAAAUCCAAUGUUUGUCCUUCCGGUGAAGGAGCAGCUCCAGAGGAUCAGAGUAGAUCUGGACUGUGACAGAAGAGAGCUGAGCUUCUCUGAUCCCAACAACCUCAUACACACCUUCUCAUGCACUUCCACUGAGACGCUGUUCCCGUUUGUCGGCACAAGUGAUGAGUACCUACUCAGGAUACGAUCACACACAGUAUCCAAACAAAAUAAUACCUCUUACAGUGAUGCUGACAGCAAAGACAGUGAUGAUAAUGACUUGAAAUGUGAUGAUUAUGAUGACUCCUCUAUCUUUGACUAAGUACUGAAGAUCAUGGAGUCCAGACAAUGAAGCAUCUUUGGUAAUCAUCUUUGUGCUUCAGAGGGAAAUAACUGCUGGAGGAAUUAUAAUGAAAUUUGCUGAGCAUAUCUAGGACCCACUGAAAAUAAUCAGACUUUUUCUGUAGCAGCACCAGAAGUAAUUUCCCCUCCUUCAAAAACCUUUAUUUACACCAACAAAUUCUUCAAAUUCAAUCCAAAGAGCAGUGCACAUCUGCAACAUCUGAUUGUCCCUCUGAUACAUCUGAUCACAUCUGAUCUAAGGCACUCAGACAGCACAGUCCUCAGCCAAGGUUGGGGCCCUAUCUUGCAACUUUAAUUAAAUUGAUCUAGAUUCACAACAAAAUUCAAAACCAAAAAUUGAUCCUUCUUUCCCCCAUGUUCAACCUCUAUACGAACUUUCAUGAAAUUGGGCCUGAAUUUGUGCACAUUUCUGUUAGUAGCCUGAUAAACAACACAGAAAGCAUACUUUAGCACAUGCCAGAAAUUUUGUGUAAGUUUUCAGAUUUUUUUUUUAUACCUUUACCAGUACUAGUUCAUCAACAAAACUUUGCAGAGAGAUGGUCAACACAGAUUAGUAGUUUCGGGUAAUGAUUAAUAAGGUAUUUAAUUUUCUGAAACAUACACGACCAUUCAAAAGUUUGGGGUCAUUUAUAAAUGUCCUUAUUUUUUGAAAGAAAAGCAGUGUUUUUUUUUCAAUGAAGACGACAUUAAAUGAAUCAGAAAUCCA